CUUCAAAAGUUAAAACCUCCUGUGAUAUUCUUUCUCUCUGCCAUUGAAAAAAAUAAGAAGCUAAAACCCUGUUUCUGCGGCUGCCGAGGAGAAAGAGCAGGUUUCCAACGAUGAUGGACUGACCUCAACGGGCUGCUCAGAGUUGGGGAGAAAUAAGGUAGCUGUCCUGUUUCUUGGGAUUUAAGGAUUAUGAAUCUUGCAGGUGAACAAAAAUGGAUUUUAGAUAUAAAGCUAAUAUGUGGGUUGGAAACAUGUUCCAGAAAUUUGAAGCAGCCUGUCAGGAAAUGGAUAAUAUUAUGAACCAGGAUACGGUUAAGUAUGUCGAAAACCAGGUUAGUUCAGCAAGUGAAAAUGUGAAGAAACUAUACUCUGGUUUUGUUCAAGGUCUACUUCCCCGUGUAGAGGAUUCCAUGAAAUAUGAAGCAAAAGCAGCGGCUCGGAGGGGACAUGUUCCAGUAAAUGCAUAUGGAAAAGAUGCAAAUAAUGAUGUUAAUAAAUCGUCUGUGGGUUGUGGUAGUACUGAUCAGCUAGAUAACUGCAGUCGAGUGUCUUGUAAAGUUACGUUUGUAGAUGAAGAAGUUGCCAAAGUUCCUAAUCAGUCCCUUAGUAUUCCUUCGAGUCGCUCACCGAGAAAUAUUAGUGAAACUAAUGAUACGAAUAAACGAGCUUCUUCAGUUCAUGAUGACUUUGAUAUGCAAUUGGACGACGAUGUACAUUUAGUAGGGACUAAUGAUGAGGUUUUAACAGAUAAAGAUGCAAGAAAGAAGUCUGAAGAGGAUACUGCCAUGGAGUUCGAUGCUAGUGAUCCUUUGAAGCAUAUGGCUGAUUGUACGUCGUGUCAAGUUAAAGUUACAAACGGAGAAGAAAUUCUUAUUUCGGAUAAUUCUCAUCCACCUUUGGAAUCAUCCAGACUCUCAGGGAAGAACGACAACGACUUGUCAGAUGAAAACUCAGAUGAGGUUUUAAAGAAGGGUGUCAUUAUCGAGCCUAAUACUACUGAUGAUUUGAACAACGACCGUCUUAGCCAUGAACGGAGUGAGACAAACUUCAUUAGUAAAGAAGCUGAUGAUUCUAAUUUGCUUUUGAAGCCAGGAAGAAUUGAUAAUGAAUGUGAAGAGAAUAUUGUGACCUCAACUAGAGGUCCACCGUUAACUUCGAUUCACGGUACAGAUGCUGAAUCUGCUCAUAAUGUUACUCAAGCUUCUAGCAUCUUGGUAAAUAAUUUAGUUCACUUCUCACCAAAGUUGGAGACAACUCCCAAGAACUUGGAAAAUGGAACUGGUCGUUCUAAUGCUCCAGACGCCACUUCUUAUGAACUCGUGUCACAGGUUUUAACUCGUGGGGAAACUGUAGAAGAGACGAGGCCAGUCUCCUCUUUGAAAUCCCUUCAAAACUUUUCUAAUUGUACUUUUUUCCCUGAAGAACCGGCUGAUCAGCGUGCAUCUAUUGAAUAUGAAUCUCGUCUGUGUUUUGAAGGGGUCGAUCAUGCAUCGAUUGAAAACAAGACUUUGGAGAUGAAGUUUGUCUCCUCCAGCAGUUCCUUAUCAUUUAUCGAUUCACUUGGGACCCAUGCUUCAAGAGCCAAUGAAAGUGCAUUUCAUCCUAAAUUCCAUACCACUAGCCAGGUUGCAUUUUCGAAAUCGUCUAGUUCUAGGAAACUAAGUCUCUCGACUGAAGUAGCCACGUCCCGUAGCUCGUUAUGUCGUCCAUACAAUUCCAGAUGUUCUAUUUCGGAUGCUGGAUUGGAAACAGUGGAUUUGGGACAUCCGGUGACUGUUAAAGACGAGUGUGACAGCGUCGACUAUAAAGCUUUCCAUGCUAUCUCUCGCAGAACGCAAAAGCUCCGUUCAUACAAGAAGAGAAUCCAGGAGGCUUUCAAUUCCAAAAAGAGGUUGGCAAAGGAGUAUGAACAGCUAGCAAUCUGGUAUGGAGAUAUUGAUCUGGAAUUCAGUACAGGCAGUUCGCAGAAGUUGGACAGGAAGAACGUAUCGACUAGUUAUGCAUCUGAUUCUGAAUGGGAGCUCCUGUAAAUGAAACAGCUAAUUCA